CCUGAUGCUUCCUCUCGCGCUGACUUCGCUGCUGGCCUUGGUGCCGUUCGUCAUGGCGCAAUCGCCCAUCUAUGGACAAUGUGCGUGCCCGUUCCAUGUCACUCUGUGUUAAUCAACUCCGGCUACAGGCGGUGGUGGCUCAAGCUAUACUGGUCCCACGGCAAGUACCCCAUCUAUUCUAAGCGCCGUGCUGCGGCUGACAGGACCCGCGGGCGUCCCCCUCAGACCUGCGUGGCGGGCUCGACAUGCGUCUUCAGCAACCCCUUCUACUCGCAGUGCCUGCCCUCCGGCACGGCCACAACUACCGCCGGGUCCGGCAGCGGUGGAUCCGGCACGACGAGCACGGCGCUGCCGACGGGCACGUCGACGGUCAAGUCGAACACGAUCGCCAAGUCCUCUGGCGGCAAGCUGUACUUCGGGAGCGCGACGGACAACCCCGAGCUGACGGACACGGCCUAUGUCGCCAAGCUGAGCGACAACACGCUGUUUGGACAGCUCACCCCGGGAAACAGCAUGAAAUGGGACGCGACUGAGCCUUCGCAAGGCACGUUCACGUUCACGGCGGGUGAUGUGAUCGCCAACCUCGCGAAGAAGAACGGCCAGCUGCUCCGCGGCCACAACUGUGUGUGGUACAACCAGCUCCCCGGAUGGGUCACUGCGACGAACUUUACGGCCGCGCAGUUGACCAGCAUCGUCCAGACGCAUUGCAGCACAGUUGUCAAACACUAUGCUGGACAAGUUUACUCUUGGGACGUUGUCAACGAGCCGUUCAAUGACGAUGGAACGGUCCGCCAAUACGUCUUCUCAAAAGCCCUGGGCCUCGGAUACGUCACCACCGCCCUGGUCGCUGCCCGCGCCGCUGACCCUGCCGCGAAACUCUACAUCAACGACUACAACAUCGACUCCGCAGGCGCCAAAUCAACGGCCAUGCAGAACCUCGUCAAGUCGCUCAAGGCCGCGGGCACGCCGAUCGACGGCAUCGGCAUCCAGGGCCACCUGAUCGUCGGCCAGGUCCCGUCCAAGGCGGCGCUCAUCGCGAACUACCAGGCCUUCACCGCGCUCGGCGUCGAGAUCGCCAUCACCGAGCUCGACAUCCGCAUGACGCUCCCCGAGACGCCCGCCCUGCUGGCUCAGCAGAAGACGGACUACCAGACCGUCAUCAGCGCGUGCAAGGCCGUUGCAGGCUGUGUCGGUGUCACGAUCUGGGAUUACACGGACAAGUACUCUUGGAUCCCGGGUGUGUUCUCGGGACAGGGCGCAGCGUUGCCAUUUGACAACAACCUCAUCGCCAAGCCUGCGUACGACGGAAUUAUCGCAGGAUGGACGCUCUAAUUUGAGCAAGGAGUGCGAUAUCGAGGGCUUAAUUACAAUCCAAAAAAUCAAUGUUUUAUUAAUGCUUGCUUACCAUCUGCAUCCAACUCAUCUUUCGAUUUUCGUCUUAG